CGAUUGGGCCAUUUCGGCAUUUCCUGUUUUCACGCUUUGCUUUCGGUUUCGGGGUCGUCGUGUCGAAUUGGGGGCUGAGGCCGAAUUGGAUCGUCAGAAGCUGGGGGUGAGGGAGGGAUGGAGGCGACUGUGGACCACCUGAGCGCGGCGUACGACGACUUCAUGGCGGCGGCGGCGGCUGUGGUGGAGGCCCGCGUACAGUCGGGCGGCGAGAAGAAGACGGCGGCCACGGACGCCGCGCUCGAGGCCUUCAAGCAGCGCUGGGAGAUCUUCCGCGUCGCCUGCGACCACGCCGAAGAGCUCGUCGAGUCCAUCCGCCAGCGCAUCGGCUCCGAGUGCCUCGUCGACGAGGCCACGGGGUCCGCCUCCGCCGGAUCCGUUGCCGCCCCCGGCAUCAAGCCCAUCAGCGCCGUCCGCCUCGAGCAGAUGAGCAAGGCCGUCCGAUGGCUCGUCAUCGAGCUCCAGCACGGCGCCUCUGCUCAAGGGACCGGCGGCAGUGGCGGUGCCGCUACCCCAAAUGCCGGCGCUGGAGGGCAACACCCGGAGGAGGGUGCCCAGUAGGAGAAGAACAGGUGGUUCAAGAGGAGCCACAUAUCGAGGAGUUCGUUUCGAUCUAGGUGGUGUCUCCCAGUUGAAUUUCUGGUGCCAAGGAGGGAUUUUAGAUCCUGUUAUAUUUAUCUUUUAUUUUGUAAGACUUCCGCUAUGUAAUAAGUACUCUGAUUAUGUUGUGACAUUUAUCUCUAUACACUAUGUUAUUAUAUAUGUUGUCUUCUUUGGCGCAUGUAUGAGAUGCACCCGGCUUUGUCCCUUAAAACCGGGUGUGACAACAUGUGCACUUAAAUACUUCAUGAGCCAUCCAGGGUGUAAGGAUAAUGGACCCAACCUAUUUGAUUAA